AUGUAUCAUAUUCGUGCAUCAUGUUUAGAACUUAUUAGAGAUUUGGAUUAUGACACAGAUAUAACAUUCGACCAGUUAAAUGAUAAUAUUUUGAGAGUAUUUUCUCAAUAUUCGGUUAAUAGUGAUACAGCAAUAAUCACUUAUUUCAAUAAAGAUAAUGUUGAACUUCUUUUGGAUCAAAUUGAAAUCUUGCCAACAAAUGGUGAUAUAUUUCAUGUAUUUGUUAAAAAAGUUUGGGAUUGUUGUUCAUUAUGUUUACAAACAUUUAGUAUCACAGACGAUCAGUUACCAAUGGAAUGUUUAGGAAAAAAAUGUGGUUACCAAUAUUGUCAUAAAUGUAUAAAAACUCUUCGAGGAUUGGAUGGUCAACCAUUUUUUUGUAUGUUUUGUAAAAAACAAUACGCUAAACUAGAAAAUGGACCAAAACGUAAUGAAUUGAUAGAAAAAUAUUUAUUAUGGCCACAAUUUAGUAAAAAAUAUGGUAGUGAAAGUGUAACAUCAUUAGGAAUUGUAUUGAUACUAGAUAAUUUACAAAGUGAUUUAGAGUGUAGAAAAGCUCAUUUACUAUCACGCUCAACAACAUUACUUAAUAAACUAUUUAAACGAAAUGUCGAUGUUAAUGAAGAUAUGGAGUUAAAUGAAGUAGAUCAAUUAUUACAACAAUUUGAAUUGAUACAGAAUCAAAUUCAACAAAUUUUUAAUAGAAUGAAUCAUAAUACGACUGUUGACAAUUGUUUAUUUGAGUAUAGAGAAAUCUUAAGUGGGAAUGAAGAUUGUUAUCCAUCAUUUAUACAUCUGUGUCAAUCAUUAAUUAAUUACAUUGAAGUGUUCGACAACUAUAGUGAUCCAUCUCUAUAUCAACAUGAAGUGACUGAUUAUGAGGAAACUAAGUAUUGUGUUAAUGAUGUCAAUUCAUUAUCAUCUGAAGAUUCUUUGUCAUCCAUUAAGGCCAUAUUAGACGAUAUUAUGUUUCGGAAAAAAUGUUUGAUACCAUUGCGCGAGACUUUACAAUUGAUGUUAACCGAUGAUCUUGGACAACAUCCGUAUACAAACUAUCUAAACGAUGAAAUGAGAAAAGUUGAAUUAAUGGAAUUAUCAAUUAAAAUAAUCGAAAAUAAAAUAAUAAAUCUUCAUACAAUUUUUACUGAUAUUAAUAUUUGUAUAACAAAUUAUAAAAACAUAUUGAAAGAUGAUAACAAUUUCACGGUAGAUUGCUCGAAAUUUAUAAGAUUAUGUGAAUUAUUACAUAUGAGAAUUGAACAAUUAGAAAUUGAAGAAAAUUUUCCGCAACUAACACAAUUAACUAAUGAAUGGAAAGAUAUUUAUGAUAAUGAUAAUGAAUUUAAACCAAAGAUUAUUCAAGUACUCAAAGCUGUUGAAUAUGAUCUCGUUAAUAAAUAUGGAGAAAAUCGACAAUAUACACCCUAUACAAUACCGUAUAAAGUUGGAAUUAUUGGAUGUCGAAGUGUAGGUAAAAGUUCAUUGCACAAUCGUCUUCGAAAUAUUGAAACUGAAUAUGAUCCAUUAUUUUCACCGGUUGCCAUUGAAAAAAGUACAUUUUGUUAUUUACAAUUUGAUAAGAUAUAUUCAUCUAACACUGAUAAUAACAAUAAUCAAAUUCCAAUUAGUUUCAUUGAUAUUGAAGGUUGCACAGAUAUUGAUUCUGAAUUAAAAUCGGGUAAUUACUUCGAGGAAAUAUGUAAAGUUGAUUGUGAUUUAUAUUUAAUUGUAUUUGAUCGUGAAUUUUCAAAAUUAGAACUAAGUUGGAAAAAAUAUAUUGAAAAUACUAUGAAUCGAAAAUAUUUACUUGUUCGAACAAAAGUUGAUAGUCUCUUUCUUGAUUGUUAUCAACAAGAAUUUAAAAUUCAAUUUAAUAAUAGUCAAAUAAUUGAUGAACAAAAAAUAAAACGAAUAUUAAAUAAAUGUCAUACAAUUGCAUGUAAAACUCAAUAUAAUAAUAAACUUGAAAAGGUUUAUUUAACUGCCUCAAAAUAUCCUCGAUGUGACCAUCUUAUUUCUAACGCAUAUUUUAGUGAUUUUGAUAAACAACAAUUAAUCGAUGAUAUUAUUGAAAUAGCAAUACACGAUAGCCGUGAGGAGCGUUUAAGAAAAAUAGCUGUAAUAACAACUGCUAAGUUAAUAAAUACAUGUUUUAGACGCGGUUAUGUUGUAUCCGUAAUGAAAUAUAAAAUUGCUGCUGGUAUAGCAAGUAGUAUUCCAUUUGGUGAUGAAAUUCCACGGUAUUUUGGACGAGAAAAAGUUCGACAAGUAUUUGGUGUUCAUAAUAAUUCUUAUAUAACAAACAAAUGGAACAAAACAACGAAUGAAUUACAAACAUAUUUGAUGAAAUAUAAAUUACAUAUUUUAAAAAAUGAUAUGUAUACUAAUGCUUUUUCAUAUUUAUUUGAUAGAACAAAUACCAUUGAAAAAAUUGCUGUCACUAGAGAUGAUGAAGGAGUAGGAGUUAAAAGAAAACUAGUUAGGAGUACAUAUACGAAAAAAAUUCGAAUGAAAGAUGGAGAUAAUAACGGAAAAAUAUUGAAAAAAAUAUUUCCACUAACAACUAGUCGUGCUUUAAUAGCUAUUGGUGGAGCUGCUGAUGCUGGCAUUCGUUUAGCAGCACCAACAGCUUCAUGGGGCUUGCGCGUAGGACUAAGUGUUGGUUUGGCUGGUGUUGGAUUUGUUCUAGCGAUUCCAUUAUGUGCUUGGGCAGCCAUUUCAAAUGGUAAACAAAUGCACAAUUAUUUACAUUUACUUUGCAAUGAUUUAUUAGUUUUAAACGAAUAUUUUAUAACAACUGUUAUUAAUCAAUGUUUACAGAAUAAUGAUGAAUUAACAGCAGAUUUUGGUGCAUCAACAAUUGAAUCAUUUCCAAAUCUUUUUGAAUUAGACGAUGACAUGGAUUGUGUCCUUAUUAAUCGUAGACAGACUACCAAUUGA